UGCACCCCCAAUCAACCACUUCACUUUCAGACAAAACCCGAAAACAGAAAUUGCACCCGCUAUAAAACCAAUAACGCACAACUCCAGGUUAUACACCCUCCGCUUCAAGCUCCGUUCUCUUUCUCUCAAAUUCCUCUCCCUCCCUCCCUUUAUUCUCUGAAAAAUGGACAUACCGCCUCCAGAACAGCAGCAUCAAUCAUCAUCCGCUCGGUUAGACUUCGACAACCUUAGAGCCAUCAAGGUCCUAGGCAAAGGAGCUAUGGGCACUGUGUUUCUAGUUCACCACACAACAGCUGACCCUUGUGCACGUACCCCCUACGCCCUCAAAGUCGUCGAGAAAUCCACUCUUCAUACAAAAUUCGAAGCCGACCGCCGUGCUCGCUGGGAGAUCCAGGUCCUUACCAAACUCUCCGGCAGGAAUACUCACCCCUUUCUCCCUCAGCUCAUUUCGUCCUUGGAGACUCCAGACUUCCUCGCUUGGGCCGUCCCUUUUUGUUCCGGUGGUGAUCUCAAUGUGCUCCGAUACCACCAAAAUGAUCGCGUUUUCUCGCCCGCCGUCGUGCGUUUUUAUCUAGCUGAGAUAGUUUGCGCUUUAGAACAUCUGCACGAGAUGGGGAUUGUGUACCGGGACCUGAAGCCUGAAAACAUUCUCGUACAACAGUCUGGUCACGUUACUCUCACCGACUUCGACCUUUCCCGUACGUUAACAAAAAGGACCGUUAAAACCAUUUUUUCUUCUUCUGAUCUACACCAUUUUGAUCAACCCUCGAAUGCUCAAUCUAUGUCUUUAUCUCUUGAUUUACAAAAUAAACACUGCCACCGCCACCUUAUUCCCCACCGAUUCCACCAACGCAAUUUGACACGGUGGUUUCCUAUUGUUCACAAUAAAGAUAAAACAGGCUUGAAAAAGACCAAGUCGGCCCGAGUUAGCCCUGUGAAUCGACGAAAACUCAGUUUCGAUAAUGGAGAACGAUCCAACUCGUUUGUGGGUACCGAGGAAUACGUGUCGCCGGAGGUUGUACGAGGUGAUGGACACGAAUUCACGGUGGAUUGGUGGGCAUUGGGGAUUCUAACGUACGAGAUGUUAUAUGGGACGACACCGUUCAAAGGGAAGAACAGAAAGGAAACGUUUCGAAACAUUUUAUCGAAGAAGCCAGAGUUUGUAGUGAAACGAGACGAGUUAACGGACCUGAUCGAACGGUUGCUUGAGAAGGAUCCAACGAAGAGGCUGGGUUAUCAACGAGGCGCGUGCGAGAUCAAGGAGCACGUGUUCUUCAAAGGGGUAAGGUGGGACUUACUGACGGAGGUAUUACGGCCGCCAAUUAUUCCCGUCAGAGAGGACAAUAAUCUAACUGAAACGGCUGAAGGAAUGGAUAUUAGGGAGUACUUCCAGAAUUUGAAUUCGCCGGCUUCACUUCCUCCGUCGCCGUCAUCAGAGUGGCAUAGAAAGACGUCGUUAACGGAGUUCUAGUCACACGUGUGGCAGUUAGCACGUGUAAGAGAGAGGGAGUGUUAAUUAUUUUUUGGUAUAUACAAGAUGAAUGUAGUUGUGUACAUGAAAUAAUGGGUAGAACGUGAAAAGAAAAGAUAUAAUAUUUUUGAUGCGAUUA